CGUGGUGGAAAAGUGUUUUCCCCUCGAUGCUCCAUAAAAGCCGGAUGAAGAGGAGCGGCAGGAUGAAGAGCAGCGGCAGGAUUCAGCAGUGAAGAUGAGACGUGUGAUCGUUGUGCUCGCCGCUCUGCUGGCUGUGGUGUGUGUGUGUGAUGCAGUGAAGUUUGGUCAGCUGUGCAGUGGAAACCCCGAAAACCGCCGCAGGAUGUCAGACACCUGGGGACAGGGACACUACGGAGCCCGCCGGGGCAGUCGGAGCCACCAGGGUUUGGACAUUGUGUGCAGUGAUGGUUCUGAUGUUCUGGCUCCGUUCGACGUGACUCUGAACGGGAAGCUAACGGUCUACAGCGACGCUAACAAGGCCGCCAUCAACAGCGGCAUCAACCUGAGAGGAGCCGGUCUGUGUUUCAAGCUGUUCUACGUGAAUCCGGACAGAACCUCUGGCUCGGUGAGGAAGGGCGAGCGGAUCGGCACCAUGCUGCCGAUGCAGAGCGUCUACCGAGGAAUCACCUCACACGUUCACGUCCAGAUGUGUGACAAGAGCGACCCGACAGAAUACUUCUGAUCCAGCCAGGAUCCGAACCCUAACCCAGCCAGAACCCACCAACCCUAACUCAGCCAGAACCCACCAACCCUAACCCAGCCAGGACCCACCAACCCUAACCCAGCCAGAACCCACCAACCCUAACCCAGCCAGGACCCACCAACCCUAACCCAGCCAGGACCCACCAACCCUAACCCAGCCAGGACCCACCAACCCUAACCCAGCCAGGACUCACCAACCCUAACCCAGCCAGGACCCACCAACCCUAACCCAGCCAGAACCCACCAACCCUAACUCAGCCAGAACCCACCAACCCUAACCCAGCCAGGACCCACCAACCCUAACCCAGCCAGAACCCACCAACCCUAACCCAGCCAGGACCCACCAACCCUAACCCAGCCAGGACCCACCAACCCUAACCCAGCCAGAACCCACCAACCCUAACUCAGCCAGGAUCCGAACCCUAACCCAGCCAGAACCCACCAACCCUAACCCAGCCAGAACCCACCAACCCUAACCCAGCCAGGACCCACCAACCCUAACCCAGCCAGGACCCACCAACCCUAACCCAGCCAGGACCCACCAACCCUAACCCAGCCAGGACUCACCAACCCUAACCCAGCCAGGACCCACCAACCCUAACCCAGCCAGAACCCACCAACCCUAACUCAGCCAGAACCCACCAACCCUAACCCAGCCAGGACCCACCAACCCUAACUCAGCCAGAACCCACCAACCCUAACUCAGCCAGAACCCACCAACCCUAACCCAGCCAGGACCCACCAACCCUAACCCAGCCAGAACCCACCAACCCUAACCCAGCCAGGACCCACCAACCCUAACUCAGCCAGAACCCACCAACCCUAACCCAGCCAGAACCUGCUGCUGUUUAACACAAUACAUAAAUAAAACAUUAAAAACUG